AUGUCAACUCAAAUUCUUUCUGAAAAACUUCAAUUUGGAACCAAAAUCGAAGGUCAUGUUAAUAUUGACAAUGUAUACAAAAGAAUUUUAAGAUCAAAUAAGAUUCAUGCAAUUUCAGAACCAAACUCUAUCAACUCUCGAGUUAUUGAAAGAGCUCCAACUUCAAAUGGAUUUAUUUCUGCUUUUUUUCAAGCUUAUAGUUAUCAUCAACAUUUAAAACUUUCACCUGAUGAUAUUUGGCUAGCUAUUGCCUUGGGAGUCAGUCAGCAUAUUAAUUUUAAUUCGGAAAAAUAUCGUUAUGUGUUUGUUGAGCAUGAAGGCAAAAAAGAAAUUAAUGUUUAUGUUGAUGGCCUUUUGGAUUUUAGUGGUGAAUGUAUUGGAGGAAAUUGGGACCAAGCGGUUCAACAGUUAACUGAUGCAACUGAUAGUCAAGUUAAAGAAGAAGUUGGAAUAAAAAGAUUAUUGGAAUGUAAUUUUACUACUACAACUCCUACCACAAAAACUGCUAGUAAUAUCGUGUUAUUAGAUACUAUGAAAUCCUAUUUUAGUUAUAGAAUGUCAACUAGGUGUGGCAUUCCAAAGAUCACUUUAACUGGUACUCUAGAAGAUUGGACGAAAAUUCAAGAAAAAUUAGUUCAAUUACGUAAAUUAAAUUUGGAUUUAGAUUUUUGGUGA